AAGGGAGCACGAAAGCGAAAAGCGUCUCUCUCUUCUUUCUCUCUUCUGUUCUUUCAGAUCGACGAGGAAGGAAAAGGGUGGACGAAGCGGAAGAAGGGAGGGGAGCAAUGGCGUCGUUGUCAAAGGAUCGAGAGAGCUUCGUGUAUGUCGCUAAGCUCGCAGAGCAGGCGGAGCGAUACGAUGAAAUGGUUGAUGCAAUGAAAAAGGUAGCCAUGUUGGACGUAGAGUUGACAGUGGAGGAGAGAAAUUUGCUCUCUGUGGGGUACAAAAAUGUGAUUGGAGCUCGCCGAGCCUCAUGGCGGAUACUUUCUUCAAUUGAGCAGAAGGAAGAGUCUAAAGGGAAUGAAGCACAUGUGAAAAGGAUACGAGAGUACCGUCACAAGGUGGAAUCAGAGCUUUCAAGUAUCUGUAAUGAUGUGAUGACUGUCAUUGAUGAACAUCUCAUACCUUCAUCACCAGCUGGUGAAGCUACUGUUUUUUACUACAAGAUGAAGGGUGACUACUACCGAUAUUUGGCUGAGUUCAAGUCUGGAAAUGAGAGAAAAGAGGCUGCUGAUCAUUCGCUGAAAGCCUAUGAGACAGCUUCAAGUGCAGCGGAGGCUGACUUGCCAUCCACACAUCCCAUUAGAUUGGGAUUAGCAUUAAAUUUUUCAGUUUUUUAUUAUGAAAUCAUGAAUUCACCAGAGAGAGCUUGCCACCUUGCAAAGCAAGCCUUUGAUGAGGCUAUUUCUGAACUUGACACUUUAAGUGAAGAAUCUUACAAAGACAGCACUUUGAUUAUGCAACUGCUGAGGGACAACCUAACACUAUGGACAUCUGACAUCCCCGAGGAUGGAGCUGAAGACCAAAAAAUGGAUAUCUCUACCAGUGGUAAAGAGGAAAAUGGAGAGUGAUUCACGCUGUUGGGGCCUUGAGUGACGAAGGUGGAUGCUGGUUGUAUUGGUCUUAUAUUAGGAAUCAGGUCUAGCGUCUACUAUUUUUGAGUGAAGUAUUUACAGUAUGCAGUCGGUAGAAUCAUUUUUAGCUUCUCUCACUGGACAAUAAACAAAUUUGCGUUGAUGUGUUUUGCAUUGAGUGUGUACAACAAGGCUGUACUUUUCCUGCUACUGUACCUUCAGUGACUAUUUUGCUUCGUCAAUCUGGGACCCUACUCGGAGUCAUAGGGCACAAUGUGAUAAUUUAUUUCCUCCAUUUACCUCCCUGGUGGGUGAUAAACUUGUGGAAUAGAAUGUUUAUCAAUUCUCUAAGCCUCUCUGGGCAGUAUUUCUGGUUCA